AUGUUUUCCCAAGCUUCCUGGGAACUUUCCCAAGACAUUUCAACAAAAAACAAUGGGACAUCUGUACCCUUGACUCAGGAUUCCCAACUUUCCCUCGACCCUACCUCUCUAACUCUCACUCCCAUGUUGAGUCAACUGUCUCAAAUGUCAGAAACGUCAGCGACUCCAAACAACUCCCAACCGAUAGCAUUACAAAAGGAUGAGCCUGCAGACCCUUCAACCGCUGCCCACUCAAUUCUUGAAAUGUCCCAAACAACCUUUGAUGCAAUACUUCCAUCAACGACCUGUGAAGCUCCACUAGCACGUCCUCCCCAUAUCCAAACAGACACUCUUGAAAAUAAACUCAAGAAACUGGAGGAGCAACGGACCUCUCUACUGCAAUGCUACUACUUCCAUCCGCACCUACUACGCACCACCACAGUUUCCAAGUUACAUUUCACCAAGGAGCACUUCGGCAACGACCUGGUCAUGCUGGCCUUCGGAAUUGCUUUAUCUCUCCGCGCAAAUACCCAUUCUUUCUUUUGCAACUUCCAAACUGGCAUCCGUAUCCGGAACAACCUUCGCCGCAAGAAUGCGGCAUCCUUGGACACAGAGGUCGAAAUCUCCGUUCAACUCAAAGAUGAGGUUAACUUUUUCUCCAUGCUUGCUUUUGAAAUUGGAAAAAAGAACGGCAAAAGGUUGCAGUUGGGUCCUGAGAACUUGAAAAAGCGUUUUCUCCAACAUCUUGAGAUGGUGUAUGUCUUAUACCACCUCAUCCAGGCACUACUCCGGCAUGUUCUUCCACCGGAAGCAAUAAACCCAAACGAUUGUCUCUGGUUUCUAGGUCAGUUGAUGGUAUCUUGCCGGACAGAGAAUGAAUGCUUUGAGUCCAUCCUCAAGGUUGCACUCGCUACUCAAACAAUCCAACAAUCACCCUUGUUGGAAAAUCUUCGCACCUUGUGGGGAAAACGCACAAGCUCGAUUUUUCUUGAAGAAAUCCAAUCUCUGCUCUCUUCCCUUUUUGACAAUCAUACUGUCGCCGAUCUCCACUAUUGCUUGGAGGACUCUUGGGGACUUCUCGAACGAGCGGGACUCCGAACUUCCAUACUUGUUCAGCAAUGCAGAGUCUUGAAUAUUGUUCGUCAGCAGGCAGUUAAUGUUAAUCCUGGACACUACUUUACCAUCACUGUUGUCGCCAAAGCCCUUAAUCUUUGCCUGAAACACCCAAGCACGCAAGGUCGACUCCUACCGGCCCUUCACCUUUUCCAAACCCACACCCAGGAAAGGAAGAAACGUCGAAGCAAUUUCUCAAGAAAACAGCGCUCUCUCUUGUCUUGUAAACGUCCCGUGGAGCCCCCCCAGCCUUGCUUGCUGGACACUCACUCCAUCCUUGAACAGAGGCUGGACAGCACCUUAUGCUGCCUGUUGCAGUUCCAACAAGUCCUACCCAUUGUCCAUCCCUUCAGACAAUGCACACCCACAGCACCAAUCCAAUUGGAACUCGAAUCUCUCUCCUGCCUGAAAGUUACCACCGACCACGAGAAAGCAGAUUUCUUCCGUCUGUGGCAAGUCUCACGGGACAUCGUCGUCACCCCUCCCACUGCUGAUAAUAAAAUAUAUUCAGAGAGUGUGAAACGGCUCAAAGACGAUUGGCUAAGAGACGAUCUUAUUAAUGCCUUUUUCAAGAAGCUGUGUUGCAGAGUCAGGAGAGGAUACAAUCCUGGUGUAACACACAAUUUGUGUUGGUUUUUCACUUCGUACUUCUUCACCAGGGUAAUGAAUCUGGCAGUUGGUUUUGGUUUUGGGGAUGGAAGCUCAAAUCCUGAUAGUGGCAUCGACAAGAGCGGUGACCCGUUCAACAAGUACCAAUAUGCCAAUGUUGAGAAAUGGGCGAAACGCUUGUUACCCACUGGGAAUCUAUUCCUAUUGGAUACGUUGGCCAUACCUGUUAAUUUUCGGGGCAUCCAUUGGAUGCUUUGUGUUGUCUAUAUCCAGCACCAGAAAAUUUGUAUCUAUGAUUCCCUGCUUUCUCACAAAUAUGACUCCUACCUUGUACGCAGCGUUGUUUUUCAGUACAUUCUUGAUGAGUAUCAAUCGGUACAUGGUCAACCAAUGAGCUCAGCGGAUAUUAAUAAAUGGAGAUUUGCCAAUAAAGUCUUAAACGCACCUCAGCAGCGCAACACUCGGGACUGUGGUGUCCUUACUGUCCUCUUUGGGGAACAUCUCGAACAUGGGAUGCCUCUUGAUAUCCUCCAGGAAGAGCUCAAAGAUGAGUGUCAAUACAAGGCUAUUAUCACCCGCUGCCGUCUUCGUAUGGCCACUAUGGUCUUAAAGAAUCAGGAUUUGUCAUAA